AUGUUUGCUUCAAUGUUUAAAUCACUCUUUAAUAAAUCUGGUAAAAAUGUCAAGAAGAAACCUACUACUGUGGAAUCUCAACUAGUUGAAACCACGAAAAAAGAUUUCGAAGACAUGCUUAUUUCGUUGAAUGAGAUUGAUGUUGACAUCAAAGAAAUUUUAGAUAAUAGUGUUAGUUGUUCUGUGUCAUUAGAUAACAUUAUUGAUGGUAUUGAGGCUAUUGAGCCAAUUACUGAUACUCAUCAAGAAUAUUUUAAUGACAGUGCUUCGGUUGACAAUUUUGACGACACUAAAAGUGAAGUAAGCUCUGUUGGAGAAAAUCAGCUAGCUUUUGAAAUAGUUGAAAAUGUUGAUAAAAACAACACUGCAGACAAAAUUAAUAACUUUCAGUGUUUGUUUACGUGGAACAUAAAACCAAAUAACAAAAAAAAUAUAAUUUUAUCGAUACAAAAUAAAUAUGGAGAUUACAACUUGGAUUUAUCUUCAUCUGAGUUUACCUUUGAAAGGUAUGUAGGUAAUUUAAUUAUUGGUUAUGAAUUAUUCCACAAAGGUGAGUCCGAAUUAGGACAAAUGAAAAUAUUAGAAAUUGGUAAAUGGCUUGAAGAAUUAGAUAAUGGCACUGAUGAAUUUUAUUUAUCUAUUAAUGUUGGUAUUCAACAUGUUAUGAAGGCAACUUUUAUUCAUAUGUUAUUUGCCACAAAUCUUACUGGAGAGUGUAAAUGGUUGUUGGAUGAUAUCAUACCGUUGGCUUAUAUGGAUUCUAAAUCAAAAGCCACUGUACAUGCAGUACGUGCAGCUGUAUUUACUGAGUAUGGUGGAAGUCCUCACGUUUUUAAAAGAGCUUGUAGCAGUGCAAAAAGAGCAUGUGAUUUAGAUCCUAAUACUUCGCAGUGGUUUUAUAUUUAUUCACUUGCUUUGACAACUCAAAGGCAAUUUUUACAAUCACAUAAAUCGACUCCAACAGAUAAUGAAAAAAAUGCUGUUCAGAAAGCAAUUAUGUUGUCUGAUGGAAAUAAUACUAUUUUCAAUUACCAUAGAAUGAUAUUAGAUAGAGAUACUGCGAUUCAAUAUUAUCAUGAUAAUAAAAAUAAUCAUGAUAAAUUUUGGAUUGAAAAAAAUCGCCAGGCAAAUGAAAUGAUUGUUAAAAUGAUCAAAACUAUUAUAAGCAUGGAACCAAAAGACCCUCUCUUGGUAGUUAAGUGUGCUAGAACAAUAAUGACACUUCCAAUUAUGGUUCGUGAUUUAAAUUUGGGAAAACAAUAUUUGACAAAAGCCUAUGAAAUGGCACCAAAUGAUGCAACUGUUUUAAAAGCUAUUGAAAAAACAGUUGAAGUUUAUAAAGAUAUAUCCAAAAAACAAAGAACUAGAACAACUGAAACUAAAAAUAAUUAUCCAGCAUCGAAGAAUAGAAAACCAAAAUUAGGAUCCGAUUUAGGAUUUAUCGUAAAAAAACAAAAAAAUGGAGAAGAUCCUAUUCCUUACCUUACUGAUUUAAUUUCUAAAUAUAAUGGACUCGAUAAAUCAAAAAUUAUAGCUCAGCUAUGUUCUUAUAUAAUAUUAUUCACAAACAACCUAAGAUCUGGCGUCGAAGAGUUUAUUAAGUUGAUAGAAAUACCAGGAAUGGCCAAUAAUUAUAUAAUAACGCAACAUUUUUCAUCAUUUGGUUCAAAAAAGUUUCACUUAGCAGAACUUAUUUGUAAUGAAAUAAGGUUGGCUACAAAUUCAAGUAGCACUGCUCCUGAUGAUAUGUUGUACUUUUUUAAAAUGUUAACUAAAAUCAUGGAAACUUGCAACUUACAGAUGAAAGAUGUUGAUUCAUCUUUGAAAGCCAAGCUAAUCAUUGAUUCUUCUGCUAAAUCUUUAUUGCCAAAUAAUACACCAUAUGAAAGUGGAACAGGUUCAUCAGAUAAUGAGAGCGAUGUUGAAAAAGUUUUUGUAAAACGCAGUACUAGAAGAUGUAAGUUUAAGCAAAAUAUUGAUCCUAAAGUAUUUUUCAAAAUGCCUGAAGCAAAUAAAGGAUCAAAUGGAAGAAAAGAUAAAUCUUCUGGUAAUCAUUUUCCCUCAAGAAAUUAUCAAAAUAAAAACCACCCCGCAAACACAACUGCAGCAAUUGAUGAAAUGAAUUUUAAAAUGGCCAAGUUUUUAAAUAUUUCUUCUGGUCAAGAAUCAAGAUAUUUUGAAAACUCUAAUAUUUUGACAACUGAAAACCUUAGAAAUGUACAAACACAAUCACAAGUAGAAGAAUAUACCCACCAGUUAUAUCAACAUAUUUCAGCAAAUAAUAAUACACAUCAACAUCAGAUAAAUAUACCGGGUACUUCAACAGGAUAUUAUGGUAGAUAUAAUACAGGUAAUCCUGCAUUUCCAAAUGUUAGUUCUAUGUCUGAAUAUUCUCAAUUUAAUAAUCAACUACCACCUUCAUUACUUUCUAUAAGACCUCAAAUUAAUCAACAGAACCCAAAACCUCGUUCGGAUAAGUCAAGACAAAAUAAAUGGACUACCAAAAAUAAAUAAAUUUACUGAUUUGUUAUUAUUUUUCUUUGAUUCAAUAAAAAUGUAAGCAGUUUUAAUAUGAUAGUAAUUUUAGUAAGUAAGAUAUUUUUUUUAUAAUUUUUUUCUUUUAAGAUUUUAAUUAAUAAACCUUUGUGUUUAUUAACAUAACUUAUUUAUCAAUAAGUUAUGUUAGCUUCUAUGUAUAGCUUAUUAUAAUAUCUCAUGUUAAUUAUUUUACUUCAAUAAGUUUAUUAUUUUUAAAGAGAAUGUUAAAGAGUGUAUCUUGAAGAGUUGUUUUAUUUUUAUAUAAUAAUUAAUCUUCUCUAAGGAUUAUUUACAAUUACAUUAUUUAUUUACUAUUUAAAAAAAUACUAAGCAACAUAAAGUUUUAUUCACUUUGUCUAAAAAUAUUAUUUUGUAUUUUAAUUAAUUUAGACUUUGUUUUUAGUGAUUUGUCAUUUGCUUUUUAAGCAUUUUGAUAUGUAGUAAAUUUCAAAUCACAUAUUAAUUUUAAAGUUUUCCCUUUAUCUAAUUUUUAAAUUUCUAUAUUAUUAUGAAAAUUCAAAUUAUAAUAUGUUAAAAUAUAUAAAAUAGGUUGGUACCUAAUAUUUUUUUAGUGUAAGCAAAAAAGUAUAAUUAACUGCCUUAGUUAAGAUUCAUUAUUAUUAAAG